AUGUCCCAGUGCGUCAGCUGCAACAACCAGCCGAAUGACAACGACUCGCUCGGCGGCGGGGCGCACGAGGGGGCCGUGACGCCCAUGGUGGUCGGCAUCAUAGCCGGCACCGUCGUGGUCUUCGUCCUCGUCCUGUGCGCCCUCUUCUACUGCGCCAAGCUCGAGAACGACAAGACCCGCCGCGGCCUCAAGGCCGAGGAGGAGGACGACGGCGCCGUCGAGGAGGGCGGCUCCCAUCCGACAUCUCAGCAACUACAACCAUCGCCAUCACCAACCAUUGACGAUGAAGGGGUGGAGAUUCUCGAUGGAGAUGGUGAUGAUGAUGAUGAGUUCGGCCGUCACCAUCGCCCUCGGCCAAGGGAGCCUGAUGUAAAGUCUCGGCCCGUGGAGCGCCGCCCGUCCUCGGUUACUGUCGUCGCUGGGGAGGUCGAAGAUGCUUGUGGCGGAGGGUCCGCCGACACGACCAGGCCUGCCGGCGGGGGUGGUGUGAAGAAGAAGGGGCUGUUCAGCUGGGGAGGAGGCAAGAAGUCAAGCGGUCGUGCCACCCCCGCAGACAACCCGCCAGUGACGGCCAUAGAAAUGGUCUGA